CAUACUUAUAAACACACUCAAAGCAUCUUAUAGUAGAAAAGGUUACAUGCCUUUUGAUCUUUAGCUUAUCUUUUGCGAUCAUGAAUUUUUCACAGUACUCUUUAUUAAUCCAAUCGCAAGUCGAUAAGAUUAAGAAGAAGAUGUCCUCAAGUACUUGUGAUCCCUACUCGUUCAUUUCUCCUUCUGCUUAUGACACUGCAUGGUUAGCCAUGAUACCAGAUCCACACCAACCUCUGCAACCUAUGUUCAAGAGCUGCUUGGAGUGGGUGCUACAAAACCAGAAAGGAGUCGGGUUUUGGGGUGAGUGUGAUGCCCAUGGCGUGCCCACCAUUGAGUGCCUUCCUGCAACCCUUGCUUGCAUAGUUGCACUUAAAAAGUGGAAUACUGCCUCUGGAUCAUGCAUUGAAAAAGGGUUGGCCUUCCUCCAUGCAAACACGGAGAAGGUCCUAAAAGAAAUCAACCACCACUGUCCUCGUUGGUUUGCCAUUGUUUUCCCUGCAAUGGUUGAACUUGCACAUACAGUAGGAGUAGAACUUGUCUUCCUCCAUAGCUUGGACGGAGUGAUGUCAGAAUUAUUCAAUAAACGGCAACAGAUUCUUGAACAGGAGAAAGUUGUGGACAAGUGUCGAAAUCCCCCAUUAUUAGCAUAUCUUGAAGCACUGCCUGCAUCUUACGAAAUUGAUCAAGACGAGAUAAAUAAGUACUUGAAGAUCAGCAAUGAUGGCUCAUUAUUUCAAUCCCCCUCCGCCACCGCAAGUGCAUUUAUGAUUACGGGAAACAAACAGUGCAUGGCUUAUUUAGGGUCCCUUGUUCAAAGAUGUGAUAAUGGAGUUCCGCCGACAUAUCCCAUGGAUGAAGAUCUCAUGAACCUUUGCAUGGUCAACCAGUUACAAAGGCUGGGCCUGGCUGAGCAUUUUGUCCAGGAGACAGAAAAAGUUUUGGCAAAAGUUUACAGGAAUUAUUUGAAUAAAAAAUUCCAGUCGAAACCAAGAAAUUCGGUUGCAGCACAGAUAUUCGGAGACUCUCUAGCAUUCCGGCUCCUGAGGAUGCAUGGGUAUGAUGUACCGUCGGAUAGCUUUUGUUGGUUCUUGCAUCGUAAAGAUAUUCGAGAUCAAAUAGAAAACAACCAUGAAUACUUUUCAAGUUCGAUGCUAAAUGUCUAUAGAGCUACAGAUCUUAUGUUUUCUGCAGAACAUGACCUCGAGGAGGCUAGAUCAUUUUCAAAAGAAUUACUUGAGACAAUCGUGUCAGUGGGAACUAGAGACCAAAGUACUCAUGAUAUUGUUACGUCAUCCAACUUGAGGAGAGUGAUUGAGCACGAGUUAAGUCUUCCAUGGUUUGCUCGACUGGAUCACAUGGAAUAUAGGAUGUGGAUUGAAGAAAAGGACUCCAACUUUCUCUGGAUGGGUAAAGCUUCUUCCCAUAGGUUGUCAUAUCCUUAUAAUGAUGAAUUACUGGGUCUUGCCAAGCAAAACUUUGAGUUUAGGCAAUCAAUAUACAAGAAUGAACUCGAGGAACUGAAAAGGUGGUCCAAGGACAUGGGUCUCAGUGAUAUGGGAUUUGGCCGAGAGAAAACUACCUAUUGUUAUUUUGCAGUUGCUGCCAGCAGUUCUUUGCCUCAUGAUUCCAGCAUUCGAAUGAUGGUCGCAAAAAGUGCAAUAGUUAUUACAGUGGCCGAUGAUUUCUAUGACAUGGAAGGUUUUCUAAUUGAGUUGCAAGUUCUCACCAACGCAGUUCGAAGAUGGGACGCUAAGGGCUUGAGUGGCCAUGGUAAGGUUAUAUUUGAUGCCCUUGAUAAUCUCGUGACUGAGAUUGCAGCAAAAUAUUUUCAAGAAGAAGGAAGUGACGUAACAUCCAAGCUCCGAGAUAUGUGGUAUGAAACGUUUCUAUCAUGGUUUACGGAAUCGAUGUGGAGUAAAACUGGAUGCAUUCCCUCAGUGGAUGAGUACCUUGAAACUGGCAUGACUUCGAUAGCCGCACACACCCUAGUUCUUCCAGCUUCAUGUUUCUUGGACCCAAGUUUUCCAAAUUCGAAACUCAGGGCACCCCAAUAUGCGAACAUUACAAACCUACUCAUGAUAAUCGCUCGUUUGUUGAACGACACACAGAGUUACCAGAAGGAAAAAGAGCAAGGGAAAGCGAACUUCGUUUCACUUUACCUAAAAGAAAACCCGGAGGCAGACAUUGAGGAGUCAAUCGCUUAUGUGAGAGACAUACUUGAUAAAAAGAAGAAAGAGUUUCUCAAACAAGUUCUUAUAGAUGGAUUUAGUGAUUUUUCAAAACCAUGCAAGUAUCUCCACCUAUCUUGUUUGAAAGUAUUUCACAUGUUCUUCAACUCUGCCAAUCGAUACGACUCCAACAUAGCAAUGCUUCAGGACAUUAAUGAAGCAAUCUAUAUUCCUGUGGAAGUUGGAGGAAAAGAAAAGCAGCCUUUGAAGCCUGAUCUGAAGUCACUGAAGCCCGUACCUCUUUAUUCUGGAGCAACCAGCGAAAAGCUGAAAAUCAACUCUCAGUACUUUAACCGUCCCAGCUCCAAGCUUUGGAGGAUGGGAAGUUCUGCAACAGUACAACAUGAGGUCUCUAGGCUGCAGCUUGCUUCAAGAGUUAGAUUUUGGGGAGUGUCUACACCACAAAAAGUUAGAUUUUGCUUCAUUUAAUUAAUUAAGUCGGAUCCCGAAAUCAUGUAUUUGCAGUAUUUAGCUCCGAAAAUUAAUAGAUUGUGUAGCGUUGGCAUGUGAAAAUAUGUUGGAAUAAUAUUAGUGGGAACCAAUAUGUAUGAUAUAAUAAUAAGGUCAUUAGGACUGGGAUCAUUUAAUGACUAAUAUCGUC